AUGCACAGAACUUAUUCUUUGAGAGCUCAAAGAGCACCAACCGCUUCGCAGUUGGCAAGCCCUGCCCCUCCUCCAUCUACUACCAGAUCCAAAUUUUUUGGUAAAGCGUCUAUCGCGACUUCUUUCCGUAAGAACGCAGCAGGCAACUUCGGCCCUGACUUGGCGAGAAAGCUAUCGCAGCUUGUCAAGACUGAGAAGGGUGUUCUCAGAGCUCUUGAAGUGGUUGCUAUUGAGCGUCGUGCCGCUGCCAAGCAGUUGUCGCUAUGGGGUCUAGACAACGAUGAUGACGUUUCUGACGUCACUGACAAGCUUGGUGUUCUAAUCUAUGAGUUGGGUGAACUUCAAGAUCAGUUCAUCGACAAGUACGACCAGUACCGCUUGACACUUAAGGGCGUCAGAAACAUUGAAGCUUCCGUGCAACCUUCCAGAGACCGUAAACAAAAAAUCACCGAUGAAAUUGCUCGUCUUAAGUACAAAGAGCCAACUUCCCCAAAAAUUCCAGUUUUGGAGCAGGAACUUGUUCGUGCUGAGGCCGAGUCCCUAGUUGCUGAAGCGCAGCUUUCCAACAUCACCCGUGAAAAGCUAAAGGCCGCCUUCAACUACCAAUUUGAUUCCAUUCGCGAGCUUUCUGAGAAAUUCGCCCUUAUCGCCGGUUACGGUAAGGCUCUUCUAGAGUUGCUAGACGACUCCCCAGUUACUCCUGGUGAGACCAGAUUGGCUUACGACGGCUACGACGCUUCCAGACAGAUCAUCAUCGAUGCUGAGACUGCUUUGGAGGGCUGGACUCUGGACGCUGCUGUUGUCAAGCCCAGCUUGUCCUUCCACCAGACUGUUGACGACGUCUACGACGACGAAGUCGAAGGAGAGGAAGAAGCCGCUGCCGCUGAAGAAGAGUGGGCUGGUGAGCACGACGGUGGUGAGGAAGAAACCGAAGUCGCUCCUAGAGUUUGA